GCGUGACGUCAUCGCGCCAGCGCUCGGCGUUCGGCCAUUUUGUGUGAAUGAGCGCUUGCUCUCACGGGGUAUUUGUGUUGCGGGGCUCUCGGCCAGCGGCGAAAAACCCGAAUGAUUUAGUUUCGCGAAGGUAGAGGGGCACGUACGGCGUCAGAUUACAUGUGCUAAGGAGCGUACGCGUAUUGCACACACGUGUGAAUUGUCCGUGCAAACGGUCAUCGCGGUACGAUGGAGGAGAAGGCGUCGCUCAAAGAGCUCGACCAGUGGAUAGAACAGUUAAACGACUGCAAACAACUGACAGAAAGCCAAGUGAAAACUCUCUGCGACAAGGCGAAAGAAAUCUUAGCUAAGGAAUCAAAUGUACAAGAAGUAAAAUGUCCUGUGACAGUGUGUGGAGAUGUCCAUGGGCAGUUUCACGACUUGAUGGAACUGUUUAGAAUAGGUGGCAAAUCACCCGAUACAAAUUACCUUUUUAUGGGUGACUAUGUAGAUCGUGGCUAUUAUUCAGUCGAAACUGUCACCCUGCUUGUAGCUCUUAAGGUGAGAUACCGAGAGAGAAUAACUAUCCUGCGAGGCAACCAUGAAUCCAGGCAAAUCACACAGGUGUAUGGAUUUUACGACGAAUGUUUACGUAAAUACGGCAACGCCAAUGUCUGGAAAUUCUUUACGGACUUGUUCGAUUACCUACCACUGACCGCACUGGUUGAUGGUCAAAUAUUUUGUUUGCAUGGUGGUCUAUCACCAUCCAUUGAUACUUUGGAUCACAUACGUGCUCUAGACCGCCUUCAAGAAGUGCCACACGAAGGUCCUAUGUGCGACCUACUUUGGUCAGAUCCAGAUGACAGAGGAGGGUGGGGUAUUUCACCCCGUGGGGCAGGAUAUACCUUUGGUCAAGAUAUCUCAGAAACGUUUAACCACUCCAACGGACUAACGCUUGUAUCACGAGCCCACCAGUUAGUCAUGGAGGGUUAUAAUUGGUGUCAUGACCGCAAUGUUGUGACUAUAUUUUCUGCACCUAAUUACUGCUAUCGUUGCGGAAAUCAAGCUGCGAUUAUGGAACUGGAUGAUGCUUUGAAAUAUUCAUUCCUACAAUUUGAUCCAGCACCAAGACGUGGAGAACCACAUGUUACCAGGCGAACGCCAGACUACUUCCUCUAAGGGGUUUAAGCUUCAGGGCUAGGUCUCAAGGUAGGGGAAUGGAAACGAUCCUGAUUUAUAGUGACGCCAGACAACAUAACUUAUGAUAGAACAUUGCUAAUGAGUGUAAGGAUCGAGCAAGGUCUUUGCACACCACAUAUAGUCCCAAGUAUUAUAUCAUGGCUCACUUUGUGGUGUCUCAUUGAGAGAUAGAAUAGAUACACACGCACAUUUCGUGCGCGUCUUACACGAUACAUGUAGACACAACAUUACUUGUACACUAAAAAAAGGAAAAAACAAGAGGAAGAAUACAAUAAUGUACACACGUACCGAUUAAAUUCACCUGUAGCAUUGA